UUGCCACCCAGUGGCCCCGCUGCCCCAAUGGAUCCACUGAACCUGUCCUGGUACGAUGAUGAUCUGGAGAGGCAGAACUGGAGCCGACCCUUCAAUGGGUCAGAAGGAAAGGCGGACAGGCCCCACUACAACUACUAUGCCAUGCUGCUCACCCUCCUCAUCUUUGUCAUUGUCUUUGGCAAUGUGCUGGUGUGCAUGGCUGUAUCCCGAGAGAAGGCUUUGCAGACCACCACCAACUACCUGAUAGUCAGCCUUGCUGUGGCCGAUCUUCUGGUAGCCACACUGGUCAUGCCCUGGGUCGUCUACCUGGAGGUGGUGGGCGAGUGGAAAUUCAGCAGGAUUCACUGUGACAUCUUUGUCACUCUGGACGUCAUGAUGUGCACAGCCAGCAUCCUGAACCUGUGUGCCAUCAGCAUUGACAGGUACACAGCUGUGGCCAUGCCCAUGUUGUACAACACGCGCUAUAGCUCCAAACGUCGAGUCACUGUCAUGAUCGCCAUUGUCUGGGUCCUGUCCUUCACCAUCUCCUGCCCACUGCUCUUCGGACUCAACAACACAGAUCAGAAUGAGUGUAUCAUCGCCAACCCUGCCUUCGUGGUCUACUCCUCCAUCGUCUCAUUCUACGUGCCGUUCAUCGUUACCCUGCUGGUCUACAUCAAAAUCUACAUCGUCCUCCGCAAGCGCCGCAAGCGGGUCAACACCAAGCGCAGCAGCCGAGCUUUCAGAGCCAACCUGAAGACCCCGCUCAAGGGCAACUGUACUCACCCUGAGGACAUGAAACUCUGCACCGUUAUCAUGAAGUCUAAUGGGAGUUUCCCAGUGAACAGGCGGAGAAUGGAUGCUGCCCGCCGAGCUCAGGAGCUGGAGAUGGAGAUGCUGUCAAGCACCAGCCCACCAGAGAGGACCCGGUAUAGCCCCAUCCCACCCAGUCACCACCAGCUAACUCUCCCCGAUCCAUCCCACCAUGGCCUCCAUAGCAACCCUGACAGUCCUGCCAAACCAGAGAAGAAUGGGCAUGCCAAGAUUGUCAACCCCAAGAUUGCCAAGUUCUUUGAGAUCCAGACCAUGCCCAAUGGCAAAACCCGGACCUCCCUAAAGUCAAUGAGCCGCAGGAAGCUCUCCCAGCAGAAGGAGAAGAAAGCCACUCAGAUGCUUGCCAUUGUUCUGGGUGUGUUCAUCAUCUGCUGGCUGCCCUUCUUCAUCACGCACAUCCUGAAUAUUCACUGUGACUGCAACAUCCCGCCCGUCCUCUACAGCGCCUUCACGUGGCUGGGCUAUGUCAACAGUGCCGUGAACCCCAUCAUCUACACCACCUUCAACAUCGAGUUCCGCAAGGCCUUCAUGAAGAUCCUGCACUGUUGAGUCUGAGUCUGCCCCUCGCCUGCACAGCAGCUGCUUCCCGCCUCCCUGCCUAGGCAGGCCAGAC